AGUUCAGUGAAUCAGAACAAUGACUGCGCCGCCGGGUCCCCGGGAGCGCGUCGGAGGACUGUGAGCAGCCGCAGCCGGGAGAGCGGCGGGCGGCGCAGCCUCAGCCGCGCGGUGUCAACGCCGGGCUCGGGAGCUUCCAGCGCAGACCUUGCCUAGCGCCCACAGCUCGCGCGGAGCCGCCGGGCUCCAGCGUUGCAGCCGCUACUCGGGAGCUGUGCAUUGUUGUGAGCCGGAGAAGGUGCGGGGAUUACAAAGCCCGAAGACCCCGGAUCCCCCUUUAGCCAUGUGGAUACCUACGGAGCACGAGAAAUACGGCGUGGUUAUUGCCAGUUUUCGAGGAACUGUCCCGUAUGGCCUGUCAUUGGAAAUUGGAGAUACAGUUCAGAUCCUGGAAAAGUGUGAUGGCUGGUACAGAGGAUUUGCCUUAAAAAACCCAAAUGUCAAGGGUAUCUUUCCUUCCAGCUACAUUCACUUGAAAAAUGCCUGUGUGAAGAACAAAGGACAAUUUGAAAUGGUUAUUCCCACUGAAGACUCUGUUAUAACAGAAAUGACAUCAACAUUAAGAGACUGGGGAACCAUGUGGAAACAGCUCUAUGUGAGAAAUGAAGGCGAUCUCUUCCACCGACUGUGGCACAUCAUGAAUGAAAUCCUGGAUCUGCGGCGGCAGGUGCUGGUGGGCCAUCUGACCCACGACCGGAUGAAGGAUGUGAAGCGUCACAUUACUGCCCGCCUGGACUGGGGCAAUGAACAACUGGGACUGGACCUGGUGCCUAGGAAAGAGUAUGCAAUGGUAGAUCCAGAGGACAUCAGCAUUACGGAGCUCUACCGACUGAUGGAGCACCGACAUCGGAAGAAAGAUACCCCAGUUCAGGCCAGCAAUCACCACCUCUUUGUGCAGAUGAAGAGCCUCAUGUGUUCCAACCUGGGGGAGGAGCUUGAGGUCAUCUUCUCACUCUUUGACAGUAAAGAGAAUCGACCAAUCAGUGAAAGAUUUUUUUUGAGGCUGAAUAGAAACGGACUUCCCAAAGCCCCAGAUAAACCAGAACGACAUUGCUCUCUCUUUGUGGAUUUAGGUAGCAGUGAGCUAAGAAGGGACAUCUAUAUCACUGUGCACAUUAUCCGAAUUGGUCGAAUGGGAGCAGGAGAGAAAAAGAAUGCCUGUAGCGUCCAGUACCGGCGCCCCUUUGGCUGUGCAGUUCUUAGCAUUGCCGACCUGCUGACGGGAGAGACAAAAGAUGACCUCAUCCUGAAGGUGUACAUGUGUAACACAGAGAGUGAGUGGUACCAAAUCCAUGAGAACAUCAUCAAGAAACUGAAUGCACGUUACAAUUUGACGGGCUCCAACGCAGGUGAGUGUGUGGGGCUGGCUGACUCUCCCUCUACUUUUCAUUUCAGUCCUUUUAUUUUACAUAUCUGUGUAAGAAGGAGAUGAACUGCCCUUUGUUUUUCUCUGCAUUUGCUUCGUAACUUUAAGUAUGUGCAGCGAACAAUCUGGUACGUCUCCCUGUGUUACGACAGGCUUGUAGCUAUAACUCUCUUUAAAAAAUGUCUUCUGUUCCAGUUUGAAACAAGGCAGAGUAUCUGAAUUUGUUCAAUAAUACCAAGUCAUGA